CUGAGUAAUUUUGUGUUAUAUACCUCGGCUUUAAAUCAGUCUACUUCCUGCUACUCCCGGAGACCCUGGCAGACCAUAGCAUCAACGUAGACCAGCGAAUGAAAUACCAUGCAAUGUUCACGGAGCGUUCGGUUCCGGUCGAUCACCUGUAAGGUCGGUCACCGUGCGUGAGCCUGAACGUUGCAAUGUUUUCGCCUGUAAUUGUUUUAUGUUUCAUUACAAUUAACCUAAUAUAGUAUACUCACUCCGUACUUACUGUUUACGUAUUAUACUGUGUAUACUGGUUGUUGAAAAAGCACUACGCGCUAAUGCCGACAGCUUUCGGGACAUUUUUACGUCGAUACUGAAUAUAAAUACUAGUACGCCUGCUCCCUCCCCAUUGAGUAUUCGAUUCCGUAUCUAUCCAUAAAAUUUGAUCCGAAUAUGACUCAGCCAUAUUGAUUAAUGCUUUACUACUUUUACGCCUGAUUUGACUAAUUAAGCGUCACAGUUCAAUGUGAAAUUGAACGACCCUGUUGCCGACGAAAGAAUGCUUUUUGGACAAUUUGUUAAGUGACUGAGCCAUUAUAAAGCCCUUAAAGGUGUUGAAUGAUAGGCGCAUCAAGGCGGCGUAUUCUAAAGCAGAGUGUAUGGAACUCAAUGUUGUGGCGCAAGACGACUCUUCAAUAGAAAGAACCGUAAUCGAUGACAAUGAGGUUCCUGGUUACCCUUAUACUGCUCACUGUGGUUGGUCGCGGUGCCCGAACCCAGAUUACACCGACUGAGAGCGAGAAACAGCUAUGGACUGCCGUGGGCGAGUUCGGCCAUUUGCUUCUAAAGGUGACGAGUGAACAAAUGAAGCGUCAGGAUAACGUGCUUAUCUCGCCCUUCUCGGUACACACCGCUUUAUCGAUGGUUGUGCCGGGAGCCCGAGGACUCACCAAGGAAGAGAUGGUUCGCACUCUACAUUCCGGCAGAAUCGCGCCUGGCGGACUUCAAAAUGUAUUUUCUCAAAUCACUGGACGUAAGCAGAGAAACACCACUACGGCAGGACAAGUUUUUCCAGAUUUGCAGUUUACCGUGAUAUUAGCCAACCGCUUGUAUGCCCAAAAGAAGUACGCAUUCGCGCCAGGAUACGUCGACGACCUAAAGUCAACGUUUCACGCUGAUGCCGUAAAUGUGGAUUUUUCCAACGGUGGAGCUGUUCAGAACGAAAUCAACGACUUUGUUAGGCAGAAAACUAACAAUCUCAUUCCAAAAGUCCUGCAACAGCCCCUCAAUGAAAAUACCGUGAUGGUCCUCGUCAACACUCUGUACUUUAAAGGCGAUUGGCAGAAGAAGAUGUCUAAAAAGAACCUGGCGCUUACGUUCAACAAGGGUUGUGAAGGCCUAGAAAAGCCGCAGGAUAAAUGGCUAGCUGUUACGAAUCGGAUGCCUUACCUCGAGUCGGCGAAUUUAGGUGCCAAACUUGUUCAAAUACCGUAUAAGUCCCGCGAGUUUUCAGCUAGAAUGCUCAUUGUGAUGCCGAGUGACGAGAACAACUGCAACGCAAAAGAAUGGCUUGAAAAACUUCAGUGGAGCAGCCUACGAGAGGAAAUUAAUAAGAUGAAGACCACUAAUGUUGCACUCACCAUGCCCCCCUUUGAAAUGAGAUAUCGUGCCGAAAUACAUAACGUGCUCCCAACGAUGGGCAUGUCCCAGGUGUUUAAGAGGGGUGAGGCUGAUUUAUCAGGGAUGGUAACCGAUCCAAAGGAGCGUCUUAACAUCGACCAGAUCAUUCAUGAGACAAAGAUGAUCGUAACGGCGUAUGGCACAGAGGCGGCUGCUGUCACUGCGCUCACAAUUACUCGUUUAUCUAUCCGGCCUUCGCUCGAUCCAGUCCCGAUGACAGUAGACAGGUCCUUUUAUGUAGCAAUUCUGUACGGCAAGCACAACGUCACUGAAGUUUUACCAUUGUUCGUUGGCGUUGUUCAUAAUGUUUAAUUUACCCAGGAGCUAGAAGCUAUCUUCAAAAAACGGGUCCGUUAAACCACGUUGUGUAAUGGCCUGCUGUAGGCGGCAGCAAGUAAUGAUUGCAGCGUUCCAAAUUCGGUCCUCACCCUAAUUUUCCUUCCAACCUUAUUAGACAAAGAUGGCAUACAAAUUAAAUCGUAUCAAGAGCGAUACAUGGUGUUGAUAGGCCUAAUUGACUACUCCAGGUGUAGCUGCAUCCGGGUGUUAAAUAAAGAAGCAACACCCGAGGUGUGGACCACACAGAUCCAAUGAAAUAGCCAAUACGGGUUGAAAAUCAUAGUUCAAAUCAAAACAAAACUUUACACCUAAAUUAUCUUAAUACAAGUCUAUCAGUGUUGUUGUAACCACGAUCCCCUGGCGUCUGUUGACGCAUAUUUAACCUGCAUAUCCAGUGUAAACAUAAUAAAUAAUUGUUU